AUGGCAACGGGGGAAGAUAAACUCAACUUACCGAAGCAACAGCCUGAGACACCAGUUUCCGAAGAUCCAUUUAGAGCCAUGGCUGAGAUGUUUCAUAGGAUAUCUACUAAGGAGGGCAAGGCAGGUAGUGAGCACUUACAGAUGCUACAGAAGCAGAUGAUAGAUUUUUUGAGAGCGACCAAGGGUUUACCUGAGGCAAGUGGUGAUGUUAAGACAGAGGCCAGUGAUCAGUCAGAGGAUAGUGCACAUGCUGGAGAUGCUGUUCCAUUACAGGUCAACUCAUCUGUUUUGGAUACCCGUUUUUAUAAAUUACCUACAUUUUCUGGUGAGCAUGGUAAAGGGGAAUCAUCAUUUGAACUUUGGCGAUAUGAUGUCCAGUGUCUAAUAGAUGCGAGGAAGAAUGAUGAGGUUAUUCGUCAGUCCAUCAGAAGGUCUCUGCGUGGUCCUGCAGCUGAAACUGAGACACUGUUGGAAGAUUUUUACUCGGCACAUCAGUCUUCAGAGGAGUCUGUGACAGACUGGGCUUGUCGUCUUGAAGGGUUGUUGACGCGUGCUGACCCGUCUUUGUCGUCGGUGGACAGGAAUAAGAGGCUUCACAACAAGUUUUGGUCUGGGCUUCGACAGGAUCUGCAGGAAGUAUCCGGGCACAAGGCUGACGCUAUAGAAGAUUUUGAAGAACUUUGUAUUGCUGUGAGGUCCAUAGAAAGAUCAGGACAUAGUAAAGAUGGGGUCAAGGUCAAGCCAACCACAGCAAAAUCAGCAACCUCAGCACCAGCUCAAGAAGAUGAGGCUACCGGUCUGAAGACAAUGGUAAAUCAGCUCACUGCAGCUAUUAAGAGUUUAGAGAAGAAAUUUCAGGAGGGGCCGCCCAGUAAUGCUGGAUACAGACCCAGAGGUCACGGUUAUACUUCUCGAGGACGAGGUCGAGGUUACGGAGCCGGCAACCAGUCUAAACCUAAUGUAAAAUGUUGGCGAUGUAAUCAGUGGGGGCAUAUUAAAGUCAACUGCAAGACGGUGUUGCCAGAUGAUUUAAACGAGAAGCCACCUACCCCGAAGGACCAACGGUAGGUGAGAGAAGCACAGGUCCCACACCUAU